GGCAAGAGGUUUCCCGCAACUUGUCUACUGCAGCAAAACGCCAGAAGAGAUACUACGAUUUGCGCAGGCGACCAUGGAAGCCACUUAUCGGCGAGAAAGUACUCAAAAGAGACCAUCCGCUCUCUUCCGCAGCAAACAAUUUCGCCCAGAAGCUUGCUCCGAAAUAUUCUGGCCCAUAUAUCGUCCAAAAAUUCAAGUCGACGAAUACAGUCGAACUUGCGAAUCCAAACGCACCGGGUGGGCGCACUGUUCAUGUGCAUCUGCAAGAUCUAAAGCAGCUGCCAACCGACUACUAAACUUGAAUAGCCGCUAGCGUGAUCUCUACUGAGCCUACGGACUCUAACUCCGAGCCACCUAGCACUAAUGCAACGCAACACUAAUCAAAGCGCCCGUUUGCUCAUCUCUUUCCAGAUAACUAAAAUGAAACCUACAACAAAGAGAAGGCCGUAUGCAUCAAGCGACCAACCACCGCCGCCAGACGAGCCGCAAAGGCCGCCACCCUUCCGGCCACCCCCGGAAGCACGACCACGAGUGCACCCGAAUACGACAAUAUUGCACGCCAUAAACACCGACGAGCCCGGGUCAGCUGCUCGAACUCGCCCCCGGGUAACCAGACAGCCCCCGGAGCGCUGCGUCAUCCAAGCCUCCACCCGAAGUCGGUCGGCCACAGAACCAGCGGUAUGGGAAACAUUGCCACGGCAGACGCCGCUUAGCACCAACGCCCGGAAGCUCCCGACCACCAGGCGAGCACCAACGCCACGGGAAGCCGACCACAAAGCCGAUGCAGCGACAGAACCGCGCGCCGCCCAGACAUCGACGCACCCAGCGAAGGCCCAGGUAACGCACUCAGCUACACAAAGCGACCUGGCGACGGCAGCCCCACUCCAACUCGGCCGGCGAGGCACGGCGAAGAGUGCCGCCAGGACGGAAGCCCGUACCCCGGAGCCACUCGCCGAAAGGGUGCAAGAGGUGCCCGCCACAACAACGCCGGCAUGCUCGAACGGCGAUGGGGCGUCUGUCCUAGCACUUGCCAAGACCAACGUCGGGACGACGCCGCGUCCCCCACAAGCGACACGCCCAACCGUCGAGACCAGCGCACGACCAGCCACGCAUAAAACCUAUGCCAUGACAGGGCCGCGCUCUGCCCAAACGAAGACCACGGUCCGCAUCGAGUCGACACCAGUCCAACCAGAAGCCCAAACGUCGGCCACGACAAACGUCGAGUCGACAGCAAACCAUCAGACGGCUCAAACAACGGCGACACUAAGCCCCAUGGCCGAGAUCAGCACACUACCAACCCCGCCUAUCACGGCGGCCGAAGAAGCGACACCGGUAAGCGAGAUUCCAGGGUUCCUGGAAGGGCUGGUGAUGACGAGACAACACUUCAUCGAGCGCUCCAAACGAACGCUGUUCUUCCGAGGCCGACGGUUGGCCCUACAAAAACUAGAAGGCGACCAGGUAUUGGUGCGGUACGGCGGUGGACGAUGCAUCCUACCUUUGUUUGAUUAAAACCAGAAAUUUUGAUUGCAUUAGUUAAAGAUCAAUUCACUAAUUUGUAUGAUUAAAACCAGAAAUUUUGAUUGCAUUAGUUAAGGAUCAAUUCACUAAUUUGUAUGAUUAAACCCAGAAAUUUUGAUUGUAUUAGUCUAAGGAUCAAUUCAUGAAUUCGUAAAUAUAAUAAAUUUAUAUAAAUUUUAAUUGUAUUAGCUUAAGGAUCAAUGUAUGAAUUUUGUUACGACUAAGCCAAUGAAUUUUAAUUGUAUUAGUAAUAUAUAGGUGUCACUAGGUGUAAGUACGCCUAAUCGUAGGAUAAGACACCCUGUACCAUAAGUUACGAAUUUAUUACUAAAUAAAGAUUUCACACCCGCUCCCCGUUCACGGCUCACGCCAACUAAGACAGCCAGCCAGCCUCCAGCCGAACCAUCGUGGGAGAUCUCCUCCCACCUGCCGCCAGCGAAGAAUCAUAGCAAGCACUUCGCACUGAGUGCGCUCAUUUGCUCCAGUUCGCCGAAUCGGACGGUCACCGGGAACAGCAGUAGGCAGCGGUAAGUCACAUAACAGUAGGUAGUAGUAGUAGUAGGGUAGAACAUCGCGUAGAAAAGGCAUCAUGCCAGUGCUCGCGAUGACUGCCCUAUACAAUAGAAGGGGGAAAGCGCAGGCCUCGCGCAGAAAAGGCAUCACCGCUGGGUGAUGCCAGUGCUCGCGAUGGCCCUGCCCGGUAGUUGGGGGAAAUGCGCAGGCCUCGCGCAGAAAAGGCAUCACCGCUGGGUGAUGCCAGUGCUCGCGAUGGCCCUGCCCAGUAGUUGGGGGAAAUGCGCAGGCCUCGCGCAGAAAAGGCAUCACCGCUGGGUGAUGCCAGUGCUCGCGAUGGCCCUGCCCAGUAGUUAGGGAGGAAAGCGCAGGCC